AUGAUGUCAGGUAAAGAACAAGAUGUUCAUGAAUUUAUUAGCUUGCUCCAUGGUUACCUAGAAAAUGAAUUGCUUCUCAGGCAUGGGAAGAAAUUUGCUGAUGAACUUGAUUUUUAUUCCAAACAAACUACAGCUGUGGGUCAAAUAUUUGGUUUCUGGAGCAAAGCUAGAUAUGAAUGCACAAAAUGUGAUUACAAUUCUGUAACUUAUCAACCACAAUCAUUUCUGUUUGUGUCCUGUCGUGAGAGAAGUAUCCAAGAGGCUGUACAGAAAUAUUUUUCUGUUGCUGUAAAGGUAGAUGAUUAUAAAUGUGGUAAUGGUUGUGUAAAUUCCUCAUGCACAAGAUCUGAAGAAAUUGUCACACUACCAAAAGUGUUAAGAAUUGCUUUACAAAGGUUUAACAAAGAUGGAAAGAAAAUUAAUGAUAGGAUUAGUGUUGACAUUCUGCUAAAUGUAAAAAAUGCCAUGUACAAAUUUAUCAGUGGAAUCAUUCAUCUUGGCAAUUCAGCAGACGGUGGCCACUACAAGUGUGUGACACUUUGUCAUGGUGGAAAGUGUACUCUCUUCAAUGAUGCUGAAGUCACAGAUAAUUACGGUGGUUUGGAGUCUGGGGAAGUGAUGGAAGGGAUGUAUGUAGCAUUUUACCAACUUGUUGAAAGUACACAGCCCGCAUACUCAAAGAGGACUGCCCCAAACACCCCAACCCGGAGAAGCCCAUUCCAGAAGAAGUUCUGCUUCAAGAGUACUGGGUGCAGUCCUCAAAAAAAGUAUCCCAGGAAACUGUUUGGUAAACAGGUAACACUUCCUGCACCAAAAAGUAAAAUCCGUGAACAAUGCACACCAGAUGAUGAAGAACUAGCAAAGCCACUUAAAAUUGAUCAUUGCUUUGACCAGGAUUCUAAGGAAAUUUUUAGUGCAACUGUAAAUCGAAUUAAAAUAAGAAGUCUCCCACCUAGUAAGUCACCAGAUUUAUCAUCCACAAGAACUACUUCUACAAUUGAAAGUGAUAAGGACUCUGAAAGUACUGUUACUGCACUUGUAAGUCCACUGAAACUAAUGAGAGGACAUCUUAGCAGCCCAAUAUCCCCCAGUGCUGAAAGUCAAAAGGAAAGUAAUGUAAACUUAAACUUAAUUGUAUAA